GGUGGCGAGGUGAGGCGAGAAAAAGAAGAUGAGACAUAAAAUGGCAGGAGUGAAUGAAUGUUUUAGCAUCGGAAGUAUUGUGGCUUGUAAAACAUGCUAUAACAAGGAAAUAGAAGGAGAGGUUCUCGCAUUUGAUCCUCAAACAAAAAUGCUUAUUCUUAAAUGUCCAGCAACAAAUGGACAAACGCCUUUGAACGAUGUUCAUAUAAUCAAUCUGUCCUUGGUAAGCGAUGUCCAAGUUAAAAAGGAAGUGAACACGGUACCAGAACCACCUCAGUCACUAGAUUUAUAUAGGCUAAACAUCAGGGUACGAAAUCAAAUUGAUGAGAAGCGAAGGCUUGUUACCGCCCUAUCUGCAAGUGUUCCCCCAGAAGGACAGAAGCUGUUUUAUGCCAUCUCAAAGACCAUCAAGGAGGUGAGUUGGCAGGGAUCCAACAUCGUGGUGUUUGACACUGUGACGAUCACACCGCCCUACAAACUAGACAAUGUGCGAGCACAUGCAGAAUGCAAAGCCUUAAUGCACAUCAGGAAAGUAGUUGAGAAACACAUGAGAGAGCAGGCAGCUGCAGAGGCGGGCACAUCAGUCGCUGGAGCACAGACUUCACCGCAGUAAGGAGGCGUUCAUCUGCGCCUCAAAUGACUGAACAAGUGGGGGAGAGUGCCGCUGCUUAUAUUCCAUUAUUUAGGACCAGACCUACUGGCCACUGCUACCAACACUUUUAUAAGUGUGUCUGGGACUUCAGCAAAGCCUUGAUACUGUGCAUUUAGAGUUUUCUGUGUUUAUGUACAUAUUCACCAAGAACCUGGUAAUUACAGACCCGACACCUUAGGUGCUGGAUCCAGAAUUACCAGGAAAUCAGUAAAUAUGAAUCUGUCCACGGUAUCGAGGUUUUGCUGUGUGCUGAAAAAGUCGUGAGAUGUGGCGUCCAUUUUAGUGGAGACUGGCACUCAUGUGUAGGGACAUAGAAAUUCCAGUGAGUUGUGCGUGCGUGGCUUCUCACGCUCAUAAUCAUAUAUUGCCCCAAGUUAACAGCAGUGUGGGAAAAUAUUGUAUUUUUUAUAGGUUUAAGGAAGCAAAUUUGUAAAAGUGUGACAGGGCUUAUCUCCCUGCAAGUAGAUGAAUUUAAGUUAUGGACAUCAACACAAAACUUGGUGGCUUCUAACUUGCACCCUGCAUACAUAAGUACUGCCAAAUUGGUAAGCAAGUGUGUUGGAAAAUAUGAUUGAUGUGUGGAUUUGCUCCGCUGAUCCAGGAGGUUAUAGUUACAAUCACAAAAGUGAACUUUAUUAUAGGGAUACUCACUGUUUUAAAGGAAUGCAAUUGAUAAGACAAGGAAUAGUGAAUUUGUUUAAAUCAAGUGUAGGCAUCGUUAAAAAUGAAAUGCUGGUUUUGCUGCCAGUAGGGUAACAUUUAGAUAUAAUUCAAAUGAAAUUUAGUAAAGUAAAUAAAAAGGAAACAUUAAGAAAUGUUUUUUGUUUUGUUUUCAGAACUGUCUUGAAAAUUAGUGGAGCAUUAUUAUUUAUUCUUGGCAGCAUGAAACAUGUUCUUGUCAAUUUCCACCAAAGUAAAUGAAUAAAAAUCAGAAAAAAUAAGAAUGAAACCAUAA